CAGGCCAGUCGCGCCCGAGAAGACUUCGAAUUGUUUUCUUAGGUAAGCAGCCCCUGGAUUGAAGCUGUUGUUCUCUUGAUACAGGAAAGGACAGAAUGAUGGUCUCAGCGGCGCUCGCAGGCUGGGCUUGUACCACCCUCUGCCUGGCCUCCUGCUCAGCUGCCUUUUCCCAUGGCGCAAGCUCGGCAACCUGUGUGGACAUGCAGCCCAAACACGUUCAAGUCCGGCUUCAGAGUGCCGGGACCCACCACAUUACCAUCCACACCAGCAGCAAUUCCUACUCACCAGGUGACAAGGUUCCAGUGACUAUGAGGAGCAGUCAUGAUUUCAUGGGAUUUCUACUUCAGGCUCGAAGAGUGUCUAAUCAACAAAUAGUUGGCACUUUUGUUUUCAUUCCUCCUCAUUCCAAACUGAUGACUUGUUCUGAAGAGGCUGACACAGUUACCCACUCGGACAAGUCCCUGAAGAGAAACUUAUCAUUUGUGUGGAAGGCCCCUGCCCAGCCUGUGGGGGACAUCAGAUUCCUUUUAUCAGUCGUCCAGUCGUACUUCGUUUACUGGGCACGGAUUGAAUCACCGGUUGUGUCCCAACAGACGCACAGCAGAGCCCACUCUGCCGGCCACAUGGAGGCCCGCUCACUAAUGCCAGUGCCUUGGCAGAGGCCAGGUGGUAUCGAAGGAGCAGCCCCAGCUCCCAGCACCACCAUCAGUCUUCUGAAGCAGCACACAGAUGCCACUGCUGUUGGUCUAACUGGAAACGUAGAAGAGGACCACUCGGAUCCUGUUCCUGCUAAUAUUGGGGUAACAGAGUUCCCCAGGGGUACAGAGGCUCCGCCCCAGCCAUCUUCACACACAGCUACUGCAGUCAGCAAUGGCCAGCAACCCAGCAGGGACAGCAAUCCAACCCUAGAACCAUCCCGGGACAUCCGAGCACUAGAGAGGCUGGUGGCCCUCAGGAGGUUCUCCUCACAGGGCUUUGAGUGCGGCCUUAGCACCCACCACAGGACUCAAGAUCAUCCAAGCUUUGGUUCAUCAGAAACUUGCUUGCCCUCUGGUUGGGAUGACCAGGACAAGACAGAGGUCUCUAAUAGGACUGUGAUGAGGCCUUCUCUGUAUCCUGUCCACCAUUCCUACCCUUGCCACCUCUGGUCCUCUGGAGUGUUCACUGGGAAUGGAGAUGGGACAGCCUACCCAGCCCCUGUCCUCCAUAGCUCAGCCACUUCCAGGCACCCUGCUGCUGGCCAGUCAGAGGCAUCAAAACCCUCAGCCAGCUUCUUGCCUCAGUCAAAGCACAAGGACCCUGGAGUCAGGAAGCAGAAUGAACAGGGUGGUGUGGGAUACCCUAGGAAGACCAACCCAAGUUCUGAGGUUGGGCAAGAGGGAGUGAAUGCCUCUCUGGACCUCCAGUUCAGGACGCCCCAGCUGGGACUCCUGCUUUGCCUUUCGGUCACCCUGGGCAUGGUGCUGGCUGCUGGCCUGCACUAUCUGCACACCCAGUAUUGCCACAAGCGGACGGAAGUGUCCCUCAGUGAGCCGGCCCGUGAUGCCGUUGCCAGAAGUGACGGUGGUGAGACGGUGUGUGUCAGGAGGACAGGAGACAACACUUUUGUUUUGGUUCCAGCAGAAUACAACUGGAUCACUCCCUCUGUGGGUAGCAAGACCACAGUCCUCUAAGAAGGCCAUUAUAGCAGGGCUCUGGGUGGCCUCCCUAGAUCCUGUGGAUUGUGUUGGCAAGAACAGAGCUGAUGAGUGUCCCUGAUGAGGACGGGGACUCUCAGAGCCUCACCUCUGUGAGCAGCAGUGGAGGAAGCAGCGAAAGGACGGUUAGAUCAAUAGAGAGAGUUCUUCCCGAGCUUUGUUGUCUUAACAUCUGUAAUUUAGCUCCUUUUUUCUUUUCUCAAUUAGAUGUUCUGUUUGAAGAGUUAAACUCAACACAAUGAAUAUUGUAUAAGCUGCUCAUUAACUAGGCUCCUGUGGCCGCUGAGCUUCCUCUGUCGCCUUAAGGAGCCAGCAGAAAUAGAAAUUCUGUCCC